AUGGCCCUUAAACUGACCAAAGAAGUCUUCAUUGUUGGCGCUAAGCGAACCCCCUUCGGUGGAUUCGGCGGUGCCCUCAAGGACUUCACUGCCAAUGACCUCCAGACUCACGCUAAUGUUGCUGCCAUGGCUCAGGCUGGCGUCGAUCCCUCCCUCGUCGACUCCGUGUGCGUCGGAAACGUCAUGCAGAGCUCCAGCGAUGCCGCUUACAUUGCCCGACAUAGUGCUCUCCGCGCUGGUAUCGACAAGGCCACCCCCUGUUUGACCGUCAAUCGACUCUGUGGGUCGGGUUUCGAAUCUAUCAACAUGAUUGCCAUGGAAAUCGAACUUGGCAUGACCCAGAUCGGUAUUGGAGGUGGUGCUGAAUCCAUGUCUCAGGCUCCUUACGCCCUCCGAGGUGCUCGAUUCGGCACUCGACUUGGCCAAGAUCUCAAGCUUGAGGACACUCUCUGGGCUGGUCUUACUGAUCAAAACAUCAAGCUUCCCAUGGGUAUCACCGCUGAGAAUCUUGCUGUUCAGUAUGGCAUCACCAUGGAAGAAGCUAAUGCCCAUGCUUACCAGACCCAGCAACGAUGGCUCGCUGCCAACGAGGCUGGUCAUUUCAAGGCGGAAAUGGCCCCAAUGGAUGUCAAGAUCCGCCGAAAGCCCGUCUCGAUGGAUUUUGAUGAACAUCCCAAGCCACAGACUACCCUCGAGCAGCUCAACAAGCUCAAGCCCGUCUUCAAGAAAGAUGGCACUGUGAAUGCUGGUAAUGCUUCUGGUGUCUGUGACGGUGCUGCCGCUGUCGUUGUAGCCUCUGCCGAAGCUGUCAAGGCGCACAACCUUACUCCUCUUGCUCGAAUCGUUUCCUUUGCUUCCGCUGGCUGUGAACCUAAAGUCAUGGGCAUCGGACCUGUCCCUGCUACCAAGCAGGCUCUUGCUGCUGCUGGUCUCACUUUGGAUCAGAUGGAUCUCAUCGAGGUUAACGAGGCUUUCGCUCCUCAAUUCCUCGCUGUCCAGAAGGAACUUGGCCUCGACAACGACAAGACCAACCUUUGUGGUGGUGCUAUCGCCAUUGGCCAUCCUCUUGGUGCCUCCGGUACUCGAAUCACUGGUCACUUGGCCCACGCUUUGAAUCGAACUGGCUCCAAGUACGCUCUCGGGUCCGCCUGCAUCGGUGGCGGCCAGGGUAUCACCAUCAUCCUAAAUUCGCUCAUGACCGCCACAGACACUAUUGGUAGCCGUAAAUCGGGCCGUAGCUGGAAGACCUCUAAGAAGCCCAUUCACACGAUGACACCAAAGGGAGCUAACUCACAAAAGAAAUGGAAAGCUAAGAUGGACGAAAAGCUACGUAUGCACCAGAUGAAGAUGAGGGAGCGAGAAAUAAUUGCUCAAAGGAAUGAAGAAAAGGAAGCCGAGCGUAUCCGUAUCGAAGAGAAGAAACGUCAGCAAGAAGAAAACGAAUGGAAACAGGCGAAGUCUCAGGGUCAAAUUGUGACGGACGCAAAGAAGAUCAAAAAGCUCGAAGCGAAAGAAAUAAAACAAAAGAAACGGGCCGCCCGACGAAAGUCGAAAAUGAAGGGACCAUCAAAGUUGAAAUAA